AAAAAAGAAAACAAAACUACAAAUUUUAAAAUAUAUAUUUAUCUUUUUUAGGUUUUUUAUUAUUGUUAUUAUUGUUUAAUAGAUCUGUAGUUUUAAAAUAAAAAUAUAAAAUGUUUGGAGGCGGAACUAGUUUGUUUGGUUCAACUACACCCACAAGUGGUGGUGGAUUAUUUGGUGGUUCAACAACAACACCAACUAGCGGUGGAUUAUUUGGUGGUUCAAAUACAACACCAACAAGCAGUGGAGGACUAUUUGGUGGUUCAACAGUAACUCCAUCUACUGGAGGUGGAUUAUUUGGUGGUCAAUCAACAUCAUCAUUAUCAUCAACAUCAACAACAGGUAGUGGAUUAUUUGGUGGUUCAACAGCAAAUCCAUCAACAGCUGGUGGAAUGUUUGGUAGUCAAACAACUUCUACUGGUGGUGGGUUAUUUGGUAGUUCAACAGCUACUCCAUCUACAGGCGGCGGAUUAUUUGGUGGCUCAACAACUUCCCAACCUACAAGUAGUGGAUUAUUUGGUGGUUCACCUAUUAAUCCAUCUGCAGGUGGUGGAUUGUUUGGUGGACAAUCAUCAUUGGGAUUCCCAACAAGUGGUAACAAUGGUGGAUUAUUUUCACAGAUGCAACCACAAGCAACACAACUACAACAAUCACAAAUUCAACAACCAGCAUAUACCGAAUCAACUAAAUUUUCAGAUUUACCACCACAAUUAAAAGCAGAGUUACAAAAAUUAAAUAAAAUGAUAAUUGAAAAUGGCGCAAUUAUGAAUUCAUUUUCAGCAUAUACACCAGAAAUUGACCAAGUAUCAAAAAGUUUAGAUCAAAUCGGAUCACUUAUAGACAAUUUAAAUAAUAACUAUGACAUUCAUAUCCAAUCAUUUUCAUACUUGGAAACCAAUUUAGAAAAGCCACUCGUUUUAAUUAAUGAACAAAUUCAUUUACUUUCAAUUCAAAUUAAUAGUAUCUUUAUACAAUCAAGACCCUCAAACGAGAUGGUAAGAAUAGUUGAUGUAUUAAUUAGCAAAAUCGAUACAAUUAAACAAAAUAUCUCAUGUAUUGCACCAGUUCACAAAAGUCACUCACAAAAUUUAUCAUAUCAAGAAUCAUUUAUAUCAACAUUAAAAUCAAAUCAAACAAUUUUAAGAAAUUUAGCAUAUUAUGUAGAAAGUUUAGUUUCAGAAUUAGAAAGACAAAAGAAACAUUUUCUUUUUAUAAAAAAGAAAUACUAUAACUCAACUUACAACCCAUUUUUAAAACAACCUAAAUAUAAUGAAAAUCAAAAUGAAUCUUUAAAUACCAGCCAUUAUAAUGGAUAUAAUAGUGGUUUUCAAUCAUCUCAUAUGGCCUCACAAUCGUCGUUAUUUGGGUCAUCCAUCAGACCAUCAACAUCACCAAUAAAUCAACAACAACAACCACAACAAUCAUUUAGCUCAUCUUUACCUUUUAAUAAUUCAUUUAUUAGCUCAACACCACAACAAAACUCUUCAUUUUUAAAUUCAAACUCGUUUGGUAACAACAAUAAUAGUAUCAGCAGCAGCAACAAUAAUAAUUCAAGUAGUAGCUUUGGAAGUUUAGGCAGUACCUCAUCAAGUUUAGGUAGUGCAACAUCAAGUUUAGGGAGUUUAGGGAGUUUAGGGAGUUUAGGUAGUACAAAUACAUCAUUAGGUCAAACCAAUCCAUCAACAUCAUCAACAGCAACCUCCUCUUCAUCAACAGUCACAUCAACAGGUGUUGUUAUACCUUCAUUAGCAAUUGGAGCUGGUGCCGGCCUUUUCGGUUCAUCAGGGAGUAGUGGCUCGUUAGCAUCUACAAAUAGUCUUUCAGCCUCAUCCAACAGUCUUUUUGGUGGCCCACCACAAACUCCAACAUUAUCCGGUCAAAAUUCUCAAUUAGGUAUUGGUUUUUCAAUUUCUUCAUCCGCUUCAAAUGUUGAAACACCCAAAAAAAAGAAUAACUCAUUAUCAUCCUCUAGAAGACCAUAAAAUAAACAAUAAAUAAAAAAUAUAUUGAAAACACUCUACUAUU